GAUCAAGUUGCCGGGGGGAACUCUCCACUACAUGGCUCCGGAGAUGCUGGACGAUGAGAACCCCGCCGGAUCUUCCAAGGAGACGGAUGUAUAUGCCUUUGGUAUUACCAUGUAUGAGGUACUCAACAACUGCAGAGACAUCUGGGUGACCAAGGAUGGCCAGCCCAUGCGGGAUCGAGUCAUCGAGUCUCAGGUGUGCAAAGGAAAUCGACCGAAUCGAAUUGACGGCAUCCCCGACGACAUCUGGACGCUCAUUGAGCAAUGCUGGCACCAAGAGCCGCAAGAAAGGCCAAACUUCAAAGCCAUUCUUGCUGCCUUGGAGCCAUACCGAGACUUCCGACCAGAGCCCGCCGUCAUCUCAACUCAACUGCUCAACGUGGAUGAAGGUCUUGCCAGUGCAAUUCGUGUGGUGAACUUGAAUCCCCAAGUUCAAGCCCUUCCACAGCAACUCACCGAGGAGGACUGGACUGACGACGAAUCCAUCGUCGAGUAUGACGAGAAUGCCAUCGAGUACGAUUCAAUCCAAAGCGAAAUGCUGCCGUCAAUGAUCCGGGAUGCCAAGGCAAAUGACCCCAAGGCAAUGCUGGAGAUUGCCCAUAUACUCUUCAACAACAAUCUCGACCGCAAACACUCCGACUGGAAGGUCAUCUUGCAAAUUUUCCAUACUUUGGCCUUGUCAGAUAGCGACGAUGCUCGAUUUCAUCUCGGAAUCAUCUAUCUGAUGGACCUCGGUGUCGACAAGAGCGAUCGCAAUGUGUUUGUGCAUUGGAACGAGGUUCGCACCAAAUCCAAGGACCCAUACUUCCUCCCCGUCGCCACUUACAUGCUCGGGUGGUUCCACAUGCUUGGCAGAGGCAUCCGCCGAGAUCCCGCCAAGGGUAUGGAGCUUAUCAGCCAAUGCAAAACCAAGGAAUUCACUGUCGGAGAAGUAUCUCGCACAACCGAGACUACCAAAUUUUAUCAACUCUGCCAAAUGGGAGCGCCUGUGGAUCCACUGUGCAAGUACCUCGUCGAUAUCUGCAGCGCAACUGGAUUUGGCACAUCGAACACACCUAUCAUCAGCGAGGCGCUCUACACAAGCCUCCUCACUCGAAACGAGCCAGUCACGCGGCACUUGGAUGGAGCAACUCUUUGGGUCGGCUGGGGUGACCAAACCAAUCUUUCCAAGCUCUGGUUGGCAGCGGCCCACUCCACGUCCUCCAACGCGUCGCUCAACUCUUCAUGCUGGAAGGUGGUGACGCCGCUGUACUUCCGCCUGGCCGAAACUGGCUUUCUAGAAGCACUCUAUCACCUCGGAUGGAUGCAUUUCAUCGGCCUCGGCGUCGAGAAGAAUGAUCGAUACGCACUGCUAUACUGGCAAGAUGUUCGAAACAAAUCCAAUGAUGUCUACCUCACGAGAGUCUCGACUUUCAUGUUGGCCAUGCUUCAUUACGAUGGGAGGGGCACAAAGGCAGAUCGAUGGAAGUCAAUCGAACUCCUCAAGGCUGCUGGUGUCUGUUCGCCGUGGUAUAUCGCUUUGGAAUCGCUCGUCACUGAUCCAGCCAAUCCAAGUCUCAGCCCAACGCGUACUCGCUCAGCAUUCUAUACCUACUGUGCGAUCGGUUCACAAUCAGAUAUUUUGUGUACGUUUCUUCAAAGUCUAUGUCAAUGGACUGGAUUCAUAUUUGAAACCAGUACUUUCACAACAAAGAACAACUUUCAAGACCUCGCAAAGCAGGGUUAUGUCCAUGCCCAGUUUUGGCUUGGUCAGUGCAACGCGAACAGGGUGAGGGGCCCAUUAGGCAGCAACAUAAUGCCCCAAAGCUAUCCAGCAGCACUUACUCUCUAUCACCAAGCAGCAAACCAAGGCUAUCCCUGGGCUUACAACCAACUAGGUUAUCAUUAUGAAAAUGGAAACGGAGUACCUGAAGACCCAAGCCAGGCUGCCGAAUGGUACCGGAAGGCCGCCGAGAUGGGCGUCAGCAAGUGAAACGAUCGAACAUCCACGGUGCAUGUCAGCAAGCGUGAGAACACUUUUUGCACUGGUCGAUCCCUUCGAUAGCGCAGUCUCAGUCGCUCCAAUUGGCAAUACAGAAUCCGUGCACCCACUCGUCGG